UUCUAUUUACCAAAAUAUGUCAAAUGACCUUGCUAGUUUGUAAACAUUACUUUGAUAAAAGAUUUUGAAAUAUUCUCAUUAAUCGUGAAGAUUUUGCAUCAAUCAAUCACUUUUGUCGAUUACUAAGCAAUACCUGUGAGAGUACAAAAUGAACAUCGAUUUUGAAACCAUGGCAGUGCUAGAAGAGGAAUCUCAAAACGAGUCCAUAGACGGCGUAUACGGGUCGCUCGGCGCGUCGGGUCCGGAGACGGAGCGCCGCGAGAGCGGGAAGCGCGGCCGGCGGCCUGGCAGGAAGGCGCAACUCGACAAGCAGGAUAUGAAAGCCAAGCUGGAGCGGAGUAGGCAGUCAGCGCGCGAGUGCCGCGCCAGGAAAAAGCUCCGGUACCAAUACCUGGAGGAGCUGGUGGCUGACCGGGAGCGCUCCGUGCUCGCUCUGAGGAAGGAGCUGGACAAGUAUUACAAAUGGAAUCUAGAGCUGGACCAGGGCCGUAUGCCCGAGGGUCUGGAGGCGAUGCUCCAAGAGCUAGGCGUAGUCAAACAGGAGGAGAAACCCUUCUAGGCCUGCCGAGGUUCCCUGCUAUCUCCCCCUUGGAGGAAACGAGGUAAAAUCUACCAAAAAUAUCUUUUCUACAAACCCCGAAGACCUUCAAAUAUCUUCGUUUGGAUCCUUCAUCAGAUUUUCAAGAUUUCGCCUCUUCGUUUGGAUCCUAAAUAAAACAUCCAAUUUACGUCGUUUUGUAGUUUACUAAGAUUGAAAUUCUUAUUAUGUUAAAAUUCAAAGAUUGACUCUUCAUGUAAAAUAUUUGGAUCCUAAUUUGUAUGUUUUAAGGAGUAGAUUCGAUAUGUUUACAAAAAAGUCGACCCAAUUAUUUAAAAUAUCUGGAUCCUAAAUUAACGUAUCGAGACUUUAAAUAUUUAUUUGGAUCCUUACAAUUUUAUGAACUGAAAUUUAUUUACACCCAAAUUUUGCAAUGUUAUCGUUUAUAUUUUUAGAAACAAAGUGUAUGACACUGUUAUAUUUAGGACAGUUUAAAACUAAAAACGUAUCAUGUAAGGGACAGAUAAGCAGGGAAUUGAAAGAGUUGUGUAUUUUCAGAUCAAGUAUACAAUAUUUAUAUUCCAUAUACAUACAUUUUCACUUUGGAUUUUGCGGAGUAUCUAACAUAUAUAAUAAAUUUAAUGUAUAUAUAUAUAUAUAUAUAUAAAUAAUAAUAUAUGUAUAUUGGAGGCCUCCCGGAAGACAUGAUAAAACUGAAUGACGAAGCUAUCAAGUGGAUUAAUUAAGUAUCUGGAGUUCGAUUUAUGAUUUCUCUGUGUCCUUAUAAUGUAAUGUCAUACGAUUAAAUAAAUAAUGUAUUAUGUAUGAUUUUGAAGCCAGAAUAUGCCUUAUUAAUUUCAUAAUUGGUUUAGUUAUUUUCAAAUUCAGUAAUUACUCGGCUAAGUCUACAAACAAUAAUAGGGGAUAGGACUGUAAUCAAAGUCAUUACAUAUUUUAUAUAAUAAGAUAUUAAAGCAUUAAACUACAUAGAAAUAAAGGUCCUGUAUUAUUUAUUUAUAGUUAAAGAAUAUCAUAUUCACAGAUUGUUUUGAUAUUUCUAAAAGGUAACUAAUUUAAGCAAGUUCUGUCGUCUAUUACUAAAUCUAUAUUACUUACUUAUUAAGAAAUAGUUUACUUUACAUAAGGUUAGAGUACAAAAAAUUUAAAUAAGUAUAAUAUUAGUUGUCUAAUAAAAAGAAGACCGGUAUUCUUCGAAGUUCCUUUAAACUCCGCAAAAUCGAAAGCCCUAGGCGUAAGUAUACUUUUUUUUUCAAAGUUUUUGAUGUGACGCACAUAUUUUUAGAGGGAUAUAUUAUGUGUAUAUUCACAGAACUAUUGUGUUAAUUUAAGUUUUAGUUUUGUGUUUUUAUAUUUAUUAUGAAUCUAUGACUAUAGCUGAUUUUAAGUUUUGUUAUUUGCCAGUUUCUGGGAUCAUUUACUAAUUUAUUAAACGCCAACUUUAAUCAAAUAGUUGUGGUUAUGUGUUAGGAUUAAGCCUAUCUUUUGAAUUGAUGGUAAAUUACGUGGUUUUUAUUAUUUUUAACGAAUCUGUUUAGAAUAACCUUAUAAAAUUGUGUGCCAGAAUUAUUUUAAUGCGGUUUAAGUUUUAGUAUCUACACUUUAUUGAAAUAGAAUUUUAUUGAUGUUUGAUAUUUUCAAUCUUAGAUGGAUUUCUUUGCUUAUAAGAACAUGUCAUUUAUUGGUUGCUAGUUUUAUCUCAUUUAUCUACAUAUUUCUAAAAUAUAUUACUCAACAAAAUUAAAUUCUAAUCGUUGUUAGAGAGUUCAGUACUAAACUUGCGCUAGGUUUUAUUAAAGUAUCUAUUUUUUGUAUGUAAAACAAGAAUAAGAUUGAAAAUUUCAAACAAACUCAUGUGUCAAUAUUUAGACAAAGGAUCUCGUCUUAAGUAAGUACAGAAUAUAUAAUCUCUAGAUCAUAUCAUAAUUGUCUUUCUUGUACUAAUUCAUAAAAGCACAAAAACGUUAUGUGACCUAUGAUAAUUAAAUAUUUGAGAGCCAUACAACGUGGAUAUUUUCAAAUCAGAGUGAAUAGACAUCUCUUAAGUAACCGUGCUCCAUCCUAGACAGCAUCACCACUAAUAGGUAAGAUUGUGGUCAAAUAAGUACUUAACUAUAUCCAAUGAAAAAGAAAGCUUGUGAUUGAACUGCUUGACCAAUUGAGAUCUUUUGCUGAGUAUUGUCACUAGUAACAUAUUAGCGUAAACCUAAUACAUAGUAUAAUUAAUUACCAAAAACAUCUAGGUUGGUAUACUCGUCAAUGGCGUGAUAAAGUACAUAGUUGUUUUCGUACACAUCAUAUUUGAGUUUUGCAUCGAAUAUUUUUACUUAUUUAAUUAGGCUAAUUAAUACAUUCACUUAUUUUUA